AUGGAUCCGACUGGCGUUGGAGGGGCUAUUCUCGGUGGCUCUGAUAGCGUCUCAGCUGUCACUGAAGAAGAAGCCCAGAGGCGAGUCGAUGUCGCCGUUUCUUCCAAUAGCAAGAAGUGGAUUGACGUACAUCAGGCAUUUCAAGAUCUUCUCGCAAAUGGCGGGAUGACCCUUCGUCAAAUCCUUCCUGCCUUCUUUACGUCGCACGAGACUCGUCUGUUCAUGCUAUCCGAGGCGGUCAUCCUGAAAGGAAUCCAAGAAGACAACACCUACCGAUACCACCGACUCUUGCAAACCCGGUUCCAAGGCGUCACGUCAGAUAUCCCUACCAAGCUGACUAUGCUGUAUUUUGGACUGCCCAUUGAGCCAGAACGUCUCUCAUUGACCGAGUCGACUUUUGACAUGGAAGUUCAAGAGCCAAAGCCGUCACGAGACGCUGUUGAACCGCCUUUGCAUUUCCUGUCCGCGCAUAAAGAGCGCAAUUGGGAUGAAGAUACUCUCUCCGGUAAGCUGAUUAACUCACCAAUUCCCGCCAUCCCGUUCCGCCACUUCUUGAGGAGACCGUCAGAUCUUAGAGAAGGGCAGCUCGGGGAUGGACAGCCAGUUGUACACCUCAGAGGAGGUGGAAGAGAUGACGACAGCGACUGGGCUGAGGACAGCUUCAGCGGCCUGAGCUCCGGCGAGAGCGAUGGCGAUGACGAUGAAGACGGCAGCGAUGCAGAUGACACAAUGGAAGACCAGCCCGACCGCAUGGAAGUUGACCCCAAUACAGAGUCCGAAGAUGGCAACUCCCAAGAGACUGACAGCGUUGAAGACAUUUCCUCGGUGGAAAUAGCAAGCAGAAACUGGAUCAGUCUCUACGGAUUUCAGGGGCGGGUGCCCUUUAUCCCUGGAGAUCGGCAGACGUAUGAGGAUGCCAUCAGGAAAUUGCUCUCCCUGGGGCCUCAAGAGCGCACAAACUUCUCGAUCGUGCAUUUCGACAACCAGACCAUUACCAUCAACACGAUCCACGACACCGUCCCUCUGAAGGCCAGUAGUACAACGCUGCACUUCAUCACCGAGAAAGUCUCCAAAGGAGGAGAUACCCCUCCGAACAAUCGGCACACCUUCUUCAUCAAGCUUCAAAAGGAGUCGAUUCCCGAGCAUUGGCAGCCCAGCGAGAAGCAUCUCAACACCAUUGUCUCUUGUGUUCUCUACACCCCAGAAGGAGAGGAGGCCCAUAUGAGAGGUGCUCCCGCUUCCUGUUGUUACUUGAAUUUCCCAGGGUCUCACGGCUCUCGGCCGUCUCAGGAAGUAGUGUGUGGAUGGGGUGCUGACCAGUGCAACGAAUACUUGAGAACCGCCUUCGAGGUCCUGCUGGGCCAACCAAAGGGCCACUUUCACCAUGCUUUCUUUCGGCUGGGUCAAUGCGAUUCUGAUUUUGCCACUGCUCCUCCAAUCUAUGGAUUCUCUGCAAUCAGCUCUUCCGACAUCCUGUCACUCAUUCCCGCCGGCGAUGGAACGCUCUCCAGCUUGAGAUGCAACAAGCUUGGCGAUAAGGAAACCGCAUUUGUGCUGCCUGGUUUUCACUUUACCACCAGCUUACCGCUUGACGAGAGCGACAAAGAUACUGUCACCGGCUUGUUGUCUUUCAUUCGACAAAUGAUCACUUCAGCCUUCGGCGAUAGCGUCAAGCACCUCAAGUAUGUGCGCUUGCUCGAUGGUCGCGCAACCCUGGGCCCCAAUAUCAACAGGGACCAGGACUAUUAUUCCAUCCGAAUGUCCGAUGAUCUGCCCCAGAACUGCAAGAUCAGCUACGCUUCAGCUUUGUCCAAGAUUGUCGCUGCAGGCAAUCCUUUUGUUCUUUUGUAUCCAGAGUGGGAGGAGGACCAGUGCUUCUUUUCUACAACGGGAGGCGACGGGGCCGAGCAUCAUGUGCGCAUGCCCCCUUUGUCUUCGACACUGGAUGAUCUCUGGCGUUCUGUGUCUGAUCUUAUGUCUCGCGCUGGACUUGAUCACAAACGCCCCGAAGAGCUGCGCGCUGGUGAUGCCCUCAUCAGCAUCCAACCCAAGUUCAACCAUGAGCCUGCGAGCGCCGAGGUUGACGCGCCGUGUUUCUUCAUCGGACCCGAAGCCACAGACGAGCAGUGGUUCAGCAUCCGCGCCAGGAUCACAACUUCGGUGGCGAGCAUCAAGGUUCACGACUCAGAAACCUUCGAUUGGCGGGCUCAGGUCGACAAGUCUUGUAUCUGGGGUCCACGAUAUGGAUCCGUCGCAGGAGUCAAACCUGCGGCCCACAAUACCGAGAAGGGAGCGGCAAAGGAACAGGGCAGGUAUAAGGCCAUUCAGAAGGCUACCGAUGAUGCCGCCCAGGAGAAUGGAAAAUACUUGGCUGAGAACGCGGUUCGAGAAGCCGGUUUCCCUCCGGCCGCUUCAGGAGCCUCGGAGGCUUCGCUUGGAGAGGGAGAGCCCACAGGACAGCCCCAUUCCGACACGACCACGAUUCCCCAUCGUCUGGGGGCGGCAUCAAGCAGCAGCAAACGGCGGCGAAGGGCGUGGGCUGCGCAGCCCAGCAUCUUUGACAAGUACGGACGGUUUCCACGGCUGGCCAACUCCGGCAUUCAACUUCCGGCAUAUGCACCUCCUGUUGAACACAUGCUUCGCACAGACCCUAGGAUGCCGAUGAUAUCAAAGGCUAUCCUGACGCCCACUGAGCAAGGGGAGCUACAGCGCAUCACCUGGGACUUGCGUGGCCUCUGCCUGAACCGUACCAUGAGAUGCCCCUAUGAGGGUUGCCGGUUCGCCUACCGAAUCGACAACCAGCAAGCCGUGGUCAAACAUUUGGAGGCAUCCCACACCGGAAGAAAGUGUAUGUGGUGUAACGAUGUCUUGCCGGGACAUUGGAGCGCUGGAAAGGUGCAGCGUCAUAUGAGAGAGAAGCAUAAGGAUAUGCUCAUGGAGGCGCUCGGUGUGAACAAGGCCACGAUCCGCCAGUUCGACGGCCAAGGAACCAUCUCCGUACCGCUGAGAAAGGUGAAGAGGUAUGAGAAGCCUCCGCCUACGGACCCGGCAUCUGGUGGGAGCGCCUCGUCUCUACUGCAGAAGGGGGACGCUGCUGCGUUCCGCCAGCAGCAGAGAAACCAUCAAUUGCAGGUUGCUGAAGCCGACUUUGACGCCAUCGUUUCUGAUGGAGAGGAGCACGACCUUGACGGCAUGAACCUCGAUGAUGCCCAUGAACAGCCCAAACAAGCAAAGCCUACGGAAAGUCUGAGGGAAGGAGGACGAGUCCAAGCUACGACGGGUCAGCUGGAGGAUGAGUUCAGCAUGACAUUGAGAGCAGCAAUGGAAGCUGCGGGUGUUGGUCUCAAAGUGCCCCGGAUCGCCAAUCCUGAUUCGAAUGCCCGUCGCUAUGACCAGAACACUCUCCAAGACGUCCUCCCCAGGCGAAUGUCUAAGAGCCCAUCGAAUGGACAUGCGGCAUCUGCGUACAAUGCCUCCGAUACCAGUUCCCCUCAUCGGCCCUCAAGCCAACCAUCAAGCCCAGAUCCAUUGGCAGAAGAGGGCGAGAAAGAAAAGGGCAACCCUCAGGUUCAAGAAAAGGCCACACUCUUUGAGCUCGAGGAUGAUUCUUCAGAGUCGGACUCUAGUCCAGAUGAUGGGUCCGAAUUUGGAGAAGAAAACGGACAAGUUGAACGUGAGUCGGACGAAGAGUCAGACGGCGACCUCCAAGGCACAGCUUCAAGCGCGAAACGCCGCAAGCCAAGAGGCAGACAGCGAGGAAGGCAGGGUGACCGCGACUACAAGUAUGAAGCCGACGAAGAAGACGACGAGGAUAGCGAGAGCGACGUGGAUGGACAAAAAGCGAGGCCGCCUCGACGUGAUCCAUCGCCGAACUGGCACAGAGUGCUUGGGCCUGAUGACCCGGAGUUUGAACCGACUGAUGAGUAUUACUGCUCAAAGUGCUUCCGCAAGGCUCCCAAGAAACACAACAGGGACAGGUCCCCACUGGGAAGGGCCAAGGAAAUCGAGCUUCACUACGAUUCAACCCGCUGCUGCGGCAUCCGUCGCGGCAUAGGAUCCAUCAAGCGCCUACCCAACCGCAGCGGCUGGAUCCCCGCCAGCAUCAUGCCCAAACCCCUGAGCAACCUCCGCAAGCAGUUCCUCCGCCGAUAUCCCUCGUACGCCCGGACACUCUAUCCCCUCAACAUCACCAACGCCAACGGCUCCUACUGGCGAUCCGACCCCAACAACGACGAAAACAAAGACUGGUGGUCCAUUCCCUGGCCGCCGUACAGAGGCCCGUCUCCUUUGCCCAAUGGCUGGGUUGCGCCCGAUGUGGCCGAUGCUCCUAUCGCCGGGAAAGCCCGUUCGCAGUUCCAGUUGAAGCCUGUGGCGGAUCCAACGUAUCGCGAGGGGAAGGGCGAUGCCAUGGAGUCUGAUGACGAUGAAGAGAUUGAAUCGGACAAGGACACGAACGGAAAGAGAAAGAGGAAGAGCAGACCUUCAUCUGCAUUCGCGAGCAAGGAAACGGUUCCCACACCUGCCAAGAAAGCACAGAAGCCCACUCCCAAGAAGGCGGAGAAGAUGAAUGCUCAGAGGCCGUUGAGGAGGAAGAAGACGCCCAUGCUGCAGAAAGUGUUGAAAGCGAAAGCUGCAUCACCGAAGAAGGUGAUGAACAAGAAGAAGGAGGCGGAAAAGACGGCGCCGGUUCGCCGAUCGAUGAGGAAACGCCAGAAGACGAAAUAG